AUGAAUAUCACAGAGCAGGACAAUUUCACGGAACAAAUGGUGUCAAGUCCGUCGAUCGCUCCGGCGUGGACAUAUGUUCAAACGACCGAGAUUGUCAUCGCUGCCGUCGGUAUUUUAAGCAACUACGUGGUUGUCGUCGUUAUGCUUAGAACGCCUUCUCUUCGAUCCCAGCUCAUAUUCAGACUCACUGCGUCCUUAGCAGUAGCAGACCUACUGGCCUCCGCGUUUCUCGUACCACGGACGUUACGUGGAUUUUUUGACCCACCAACCGGAACAGCUGGCGAAAUUUACUGUCGGACUGUUAAAGCUACCAUUUUGUGGGUGAGUUUUGUAGCAUCGACUUAUACAUUAGUCGCAAUAACCGUAGAACGGUACGUUGCUAUCGUCCACCCAAUGCAAUAUGUCAGCCGCAAAGGUACGAUACCUGCUUGGCCCAUCGUUGUAGUCGUGUGGCUCGUCGCUUUGAUCGUGCAGAGCUUUUGCAUCUACAAUAACUCUUACGACCCAGAGAGUGGAAGUUGCAACUACCAGUGGCCAUUUGGGGACUGGUAUCAAACAUUUGUUGGAAUUGGUCUGUUUUUCGCCACUUACUUCUUUCCCGGGACCAUUCUGUUAAGUGCGUUUUUUAGAAUACUCCUGGCUCUCCGCAAGGGUGAACGGAUGUUCAGAGAAAGCAGCGCCGAUUCGGGUAGUUCUAUCAAGCCCGCCAGGAUCCGUGCCAGGCACCGAAUAAUUAAGAUGUACUUGGCUGUUUGCCUUGCGUUCCUAGUCUGCUGGGGACCGAACCAAUUUCUAUUCCUGAUUCUCAAUUUCACGUCUGAUUUAAACAUCAAUGACGUCAUAUACUCGUUUUCUCGUAUUUUAGCUGGAUUAAAUUCGUGCCUCAAUCCGUUUAUUUACGCAUUUUGGAGUCGAUCAUUUCGUACUGGAUUUCUUGCGAUAUUCUGUGGAUCUGGCCGCCGUCGAAGUGCUAGAUAUAGCAGUCAUUGCGGGGGAUCUGCCGCUAAGAACACAUACAACUCACGAUGA